GCAUGGACGAUAAAAAGGAAAAGACAUGGGGCAAGAAGAAUGUGGAAAAAGACCUUCUAGAGGUUCCCGAAGGAUGGAAAGAUCCAGGCAUAUCAAAAGAGGAUAACCCACAUGGAGUUCUGGCUGAAUCCUCCUUUGCAACUUUAUUCCCAAAAUAUAGAGAAAAAUAUCUCCGAGAAUGCUGGCCACUUGUGAAGAAAACCUUGGGUGAAUAUCACAUUAAAGCAGAACUCGAUGUGGUAGAAGGCAGCAUGACAGUAGCUACUACCAGAAAAACGUGGGACCCCUACAUCAUCGUUAAAGCACGCGAUCUCCUUAAGCUACUGGCCAGGAGUGUCCCAUAUGAACAGGCCAUACGAAUCACAGAAGACGAUGUUGCCUGUGACAUCAUAAAAAUUGGGUCUCUGGUGAGAAAUAAGGAAAGAUUUGUCAAACGAAGACAUCGACUCAUAGGUCCAGAUGGUUCCACACUCAAGGCUAUAGAAUUACUAACUGGAUGCUAUGUGAUGGUACAGGGAAACACAGUCUCUGCCCUGGGACCCUACAAAGGACUCAGAGAAGUUAGGAAAAUUGUUGAAGACACUAUGAAAAACAUCCAUCCAAUAUACAACAUAAAAACACUUAUGAUUAAAAAAGAAUUAGCCAAAGAUCCCAAGUUGAAAGGGGAAAGCUGGGACAGGUUCUUACCCAAAUUUAAAUCUAAAACUAUUAGCAAGAGAAAGCAACCAAAAAAGAAGAGGAUCAAGAAAGAUUACACACCAUUCCCUCCUCCACAAGUGGAGAGCAAGAUUGACAAGGAGCUGGCGAGCGGGGAGUACUUCCUCCAGGCAAGUCAGAAGAAGGCUAAGGCCCAGCAGGAGAAGAAAGAAAAACAAAGAGAAAAUGAGACAAAACAGAAGGAGAAGCGAGCUCAGGCCUUCAUUCCUCCAACAGAAACAACACAAAUGGUCAAGAAACAGAAAACCACAGGUACAGAAGUUGACAUUACAUCUCUGAAGAAGAAAAUCAAAAAAGCUCAAAAGAAGAAAGUAUGACACAGUAGAACAAAACACCAUCUGAGCUAGAUUAAAGUACAGCUUGACAAAUGCCAUCAUUUGCUGUAUUUGAAAUUUUUAUGGCUGUCAUUAGAACAUCCUUAGGCGUAUUUGGACUGUCUGUGGCCGUGUUUGGACUCUCCAUGACAGCAUUUGAUCUGGAGUUGGUAUCCAUGAAGUUGGUGGUGACCUAGAGAUGUGAUGCUAUUUUAAAGCUUGCCUUGACAUAGACUCGUGUAUCGCGAAUUAAUCAUAACAUGUUGUUCUUCUGUAUCGGUACAAAUUCAAAAACCAAAUUUUGUGAGGUUUGUGAAUUUUGUGAGAAAAUUGAUAAAAGCAAAGAAAAUGAAGAAUAUUUUAAGAUCUUAGAGUAUUUUGAAUCUCCUGUUUGCAGAUCUAUAACAUAAUAGGAGUAAGAUGGUCUAUCGCAAAAGGUCAUAUUUAAUAGGUGUUGAUUUUCUUUUGUAAGAGAAAGUCUGUGAAUUGUAGUUCACAGAGAGUGUAUUGGAUGUAAGCUUUAUGUUGGUCUAACUGGACAACAUGAAAGUUUGAGUUAUGGGUGAGUAGCUGAAUUAAAUGUUUGGUUGUAGUUCAUCCACACACCGACACAUGAGAAUUUGAAAUCGGAGUGAGUUUAGUGUUUGGUUGUGGUUUGUUCACACACCCAGACAUGAGAGUUUGAAAUCUGAGUGAGUUUAAUGUUUGGUUGUGGUUUGUCCACACACUGAGACCGGAGAGUUUGAAAUCUGAGUAAGUUUAAUGUUUGGUUGUGGUUUGUCUACACACUGAGACAUGAGAGUUUGAAAUCUGAGUGAGUUUAGUGUUUGGUUGUGGUUUGUUCACACACGGAGACAGGAGAGUUUAAAAUCUGAGUGAGUUUAGUGUUUGGUUGUGGUUUGUCCACACACUGAAACAUAAGAGUUUGAAAUCUGAGUGAGUUUAAUGUUUGGUUGUGGUUUGUCCACACACCGAGACAGGAGAGUUUGAAAUCUGAGUGAGUUUAAUGUUUGGUUGUGGUUUGUCUACACACUGAGACAUUAGAGUUUGAAAUCUGAGAGUUCAAUGUUUGGUUGUGGUUUGUCCACACACCGAGACAGGAGAGUUUGAAAUCUGAGUGAGUUUAAUGUUUGGUUGUGGUUUGUCCACACACCGAGACAGGAGAGUUUGAAAUCUGAGUGAGUUUAAUGUUUGGUUGUGGUUUGUCUACACACUGAGACAUUAGAGUUUGAAAUCUGAGAGUUCAAUGUUUGGUUGUGGUUUGUCCACACACCGAGACAGGAGAGUUUGAAAUCUGAGAGUUCAAUGUUUGGUUGUGGUUUGUCCACACACCAAGACAGGAGAGUUUGAAAUCUGAGAGUUCAAUGUUUGGUUGUGGUUUGUCCACACACCGAGACAGGAGAGUUUGAAAUCUGAGAGUUCAAUGUUUGGUUGUGGUGUGUCUUCAGGUAUGAAUGAUUUAGUGGUUUAAGGUUAUUGUGUACUGAGAGCAAAUUUUGAAACUAUGUUAGAUAAAUGACAUUUCAUUUCAUUAAAAUUAUGUGAAAGUUG